AAAAUAAUUGUUGUCGAUUUAUCGGAGUGUUACGUCGAGAUAUUUAAAGAAGAAAAUUUGAAAUUUUUAAUAAGUUUAAAGCAUAUUUGGAUGUUCAUUGAUCUGUAAAUUUGUUGUAUUAGAGCUUAAUAAGAGAUUGAUAUAUAAUUAAGAGGGAAGAAGCUACCUGAAAAAUCAAUAAAAAUUGUCUACAAAAAAGGAGUAUUAAAAUGCCUCGGCCAAAAAAACGUACAGCAACUAAUCCAUCCGAAGAGAUUGAGACUACAAAAAGACAAAAAACAGCUUCUAGAUCAAAGCAUUCACAAGAAGAAUCCCGAUUUAAUACAAAUCGCUUGAUUGCUUGGUUCAAGCAAUACACUACAGAUGAUCCAUCACAACUGGAACCCGAAGGAAUGGAGAGGUUUUGUCAAGAUAUUAAAGUUGAGCCUGAAGACAUUGUAAUGCUUGUUAUAGCUUAUAAGAUGAAUGCAAAAAACAUGGGAUAUUUUACCCAAACUGAGUUCUUGAAAGGCCUUUCAGAUCCAGAGGUUUUAUGUGAUACACCUACCAAGCUAAAAAACAAACUCGAUUACUUUUACAACCUCAUAGAUGAUCCGCAAUCGUUUAAAAUGAUAUUUAGAUAUGCUUAUGAUUUUGCAAGGGAUAAAGAUCAACGUUCAAUGGAUAUUGAAACAGCUAAAGCAAUGCUGUCACUAUUAUUGUGUAAAUCAUGGCCGUUAUUUCCUGAAUUCGCAGAAUUCCUCGAGCAACAACCAAAGGCACCGCGAGUAAUCAACAAAGAUCAGUGGAAUAAUAUCUUUGAAUUCAGUCGGACAAUCAAUACAGACUUAAGCAACUACAGCAUUGACGGAGCUUGGCCAGUAUUACUUGAUGAUUUCGUCGAAUACUUGCAAAGAAAGCGACAAGGGAAUAGUAGUUGAGAAUUGUACUAUUUUUAACUCGCUGCACUUCACUUCAAAACUACUAAUAAUACCUUAAAAAAAUAAUCCAGUAAUAAUUUAUUCCAAAAAAAAAGAAAGAAAGAGAAGAAUAUAGCCAGGAGGAAGCAUAAACACAAUACAUGAGUUACUCAAUAAAUAAAUCUUUUGAAAUCAAAGGAUACGAAUUAACUAGGAUACAUACAGAACAGACAAAAAAGGAAACAAUUUCAAGUAUCGAGAACGAAAAGGAAUCUCAUAAGAAGAAUUAAAAAAAAAAACAAUAUUUGGAACUGAUUUUUCGGAAGUUUAUUAAGUGAUUUUGUGCAAAUUAUUAAAUUUUUUGUAAGAGAAUAUCAAGAGUCGGAAUCGACUAACGCGCAUUUUUGUUGACCUAAUCAGUAAAUUGAUUAAAUUUUCAGCUGAUAAUUUCGUGCUAUUACUAAAUCCAUUUCUUAUGCACAAAUUUUUAGUAUUAAUUCAGCCAAGGUUAAUAGCUCGCUUAAGUUUACAAAAAUGUUGCAAAAUAUAAAAUAAGUGGAUCUCAAAAACAUUAUCAUGUAUUCAAAAUCUUUAAGUGUAUUUUUUUUUAUCCAAAUAACUUGCUUCGUAUUUUUUUUUUAAAUCAUAAUUUUUGUGGGAUCCACUUCCACUUAGUACUAUGUGGUAAAAAAAUAUCUUUGAUAGCCAUU